ACAUAAAUAUCGGCAAUACCGUGCUCAGUUAACACGAUCUACUUUAUUAAUCAUUUCAAAAUGAAGUUGGCCAUUUUGGGCGCUACAGGCCGGACAGGACAAAGCCUUAUUCUUCAAGCCAUCAAGGCUGGUCACCAGGUCGUUGCCGUGGUCAGAGAUCCUGAGAAACUACAUGAGAUCGAGCAGAAUGUCGACGACUUCAGUUUGAAGAUUGUAAAGGGUGAUAUAUAUUCAUCUGAUAGUCUUCAACCAAUCUUCGAUGGUUGCGAUGCAGUCCUGUCUGGUCUUGGUGGCCAGACCUUAUUCUCUACAGUCACGCUCUACUCAAGAUCUUGCAAAGCAAUCGUGGAAGCCAUGAGACAUGCCAACGUGAAAAGAUUCGUCGUAAUCACAUCUUGGUAUACGCAAGUCGACCCUAAAGACGAUCCCGGGUUCGUAGCCCGUUGGGUGAUCAGACCUAUGCUCAAGAAGGUCUUGAGUGAUAUGCUCAUUAUGGAAACAUAUCUGGAGACAGAAUGCCAAGAUAUCGACUACACUGCUGUGAGACCCGCUCAGCUCAAUAGCAAACAGAGCACAGGUCAACCAUUCGUCGUAGAAGAACGUCAGUUCGUGAAUGCAUCUACAUCCAUACCUCGAGCUGAUGUAGCAAGGUUCAUGUUACAAUGUCUGGACGAGGACAAGUAUUACAAGAAAUUUCUUGCCAUUGGUGUAAAAUAAGAAUAAUGGUUGUUAGGAGAACCCGAGGUGACAUGUUUGUUUUUUCUUUAUAACACGACCUGUAGGGCCUAUAUAUUAAGGAGUAAUGUGGUCAUUACUUUAACAAUUGUCAUUAUAUUUUCAGUGUAAGAUACUUGAGAAAUGAAAUAUAAUGUAGGAUAAUGAAUUGCAUUAUGUCCUAUAAAGUUUUUGUAAACUUCAAAGUUAAUACUUGUAUUAUAAUGUUUGUAAAUGUAUGGUAUUGAAUUGAAAUAGAUCCAAAAUAUUUUUGCGAAUUGUAUUCAUAUCAUAAACAAACAUAUAUUUUAUUUCUAUUCAUGUUCAUUCUCAUUUGGCGAAGGAAAAGUUGAAAGUAUUUUAUUUUACAAAUUACUUUUUAUAAUGCAGAUUUAGGUAUGCCAGGUUUAUGUACUUUUCGAUUCUGCUCUAAGAUUUUUGUUAACGUUAAGGUUAUGAAACGAAGUGUUGGAAAUCAGGUUUAGAAAUUUUUCAUUGUUCUACAAUAUUUGUGGACAUGUUUAAAAUGUCCCAAAACUCUGUCCCAAGACUUUUUUCCUUAAAAAAUGACAGUAGACUUGACAAAUUUUAAGUCACUGCAUGCAGCAGGGAUGAUAGUCCCUAUCUUAUUCAAAGGUGUUAAAAAGGGAGGGAGAUGUAAGAAGAAAGAUGUAUUGUCAAAAAUGAUGGUCUUAUUUGUAUAUUAGCAAAUAAGUGCAUACUGAUUUACUCAUAUAUCCACUUAUCGUCUCGACCUCUGUUUAAGUUGGUGCAAAGUCAGUCUACUGUCAUUUUAAAGGGAUAGUCCGGGC